AAUUUCCAGGAGAUGGAAUCUGGAGAUGAAGAGUCAACGGUCAGGAAAAGGCGAAGAGAGAGUGAAGUGCAAGAUGAAGAGUCAACGAUCAGGAAGAGGCGAAGAGAGAGUGAAGUGCAAAAUGAAAAGUCAACGGUCAAGAAGAGGCGAAAUGAAAGCGAAGUUAAAGACGACCACAUUGCACCGGUUGAAAAGCAAUCACAAACAGAAAUAAAUACAGCUCCAGAAGACAGUAUGCACUCAGACUCAAGUAGUGAAUUUGAAAGACCAGUAAGACGAAUGGAAAGACAAAUGGAAUUUGAGGAUAUACUUAAAGAUUUUAAAGAUGUAAAUGAACCAGCUUGUAUGGACAGAAUACUCAUGUAUCUAGAAGAAAUAAAAGAUGAAGAUUAUUUUUUCAUGGAGUUAUUAGUAGAAAAAUUGAAAGGUGAAACAAUAACAUGGGAACAACCGUGGUAUCAAAAGUCAAAAUCUCUUUCAAGGCCAUUAAAAAGUGAACAAUAUGAAAAUGAUGAAGAAUCUUACAGAACAGACACAAUUUGCAAAGCUGAAAGUGAUUUAAUAGAAAACAAUUGGGAGGAAUUCAAGAGGCGAUAUGAGGUUCCUGACAAGUUAAUAUGUUUGGCUCGCUGGAGGAAUACAGAUAAAAGUAGAUUACCUAACACACCUGAAGAGCAAGCAAGACGCUAUGUGGUUGCAUUUUUGGCGCGUGGCUUAAAAAGAACAAUAUAUCAAGUGUUCAGGCAUAUUGUAAGUAAUUAUGGUGGGGCUGUAAAAGGUGCCUACUCCUCGGAUGAAGAAAAGAUCAUGAAGGUCUGUUUCACACACCAUCCUAACCAUGCAGUCACAUUACUGUCAAUGGUUUUGAGUAGGGAACCCAGGGGAAUAUACAAAAGAUUGCAGCAAAUGUUUAAUGGAAAACCAGAAAAGAAGAGGUUAAGAUGGUCAUUGUCAUUGGCAACUACAUUUUUAAAGCUUUUAUUAAAAUACACAAAUUUGCCUUUAGAAGAAUUAAAGUAUAGAAAAAUUGAUAAAGAUGUUUGGUUGAAGCUAGAAAAGAAAUUUGAUCAACAUUAUAUACACCUGCAGAACUUUUGGUAUCAAAGUCUUCAUGUCCAGGUUUUUGUAAAAGAAACAGUGAAAAUAAAUAAACUAAGAAAACAUGUAUUCAAAAGCCUUCUUUCAUCAUCUUAUCAAGUUUGGACAGACAUUAGGUGGAAAGACCUUGUCAAGCAAUUUCCAGAUGGGAUAACACAUAGAUUUUUAUAUAGUGUAUGUCAAACAGUUGUUCGGAGUAUUCCGGAAUAUUUGAAGAAACCUCUACCUCAAGUUGCAGAAUAUGCACUAGAAAAGCUCAAGAAUCAUACAUAUAGGAAACGUCGUUUGAAAACUUUAGAACUUGAUGAAGAUGGAAAAUUAACAAUUACUAGAUACUAACAAAAAAUAAUAUAAGUAGGUAUUUAUUCAAUAUUAAGAUAAUAUAUCCAAUGUGAUAUCAUUUUAUCAAUUGACUGCCUUCUAGUUAUAGUGUAAGUUAUUGUUGUGUGAAUGUGCCAAGCAUCCAAUAAACUAGUGAUUAUGUUUUGUAUUCGAAAAUUAAUUGAGGCGGGAUCAAAAUGACAACCCAAU